AUGGAUCUGUUUGCAGAUAUACCAGAAGCAGACAAUCAAACCAAAGAAACUAUUCUUACAGCCACCACUACCCAACCAAAGUUGCAAAAUACAGGGCCAUCAUUAUUUGAUGAUCUUCCAGCUGAGACUACUCUGAAGAUUGCUAGCAAAGAAGUUACAGAUGUACUUGGUUACAUACCUCCAAAGCGAAGGAAACUUGAGGAAGAAGAUAAAGUCCUCUCUAGAUCAACACAAGAAUGUUUACCUUUGAAAGCAUUUGUAGCUGAGAGAAAAGGCGAACGAAAUGAAAUGCAAGAUAAGCACACACUCAUAGACGACUUUACCCAGAGUUUUCUCUCUCCUACUGAUGUAUCAAGGAUGGCCUUUUACGGAGUAUAUGAUGGCCAUGCAGGGGCCCGAGCAUCGACGCAUGCUUCUCAGAAUCUUCACCUCAAUAUUAUAUCCAAGUACCACAAAGCAGAAGUCUCCAACAGAGAUAAGGAAAUUAAAAAAUGUUUAAUUGAAAGUUUUAAAAAGACAGAUGAUGACUUCUUGAAAGAAGCGUCGACUCAUAAACCAGUUUGGAAGGAUGGUUCCACUGCCUUAUCAAUACUUGUUAUCAAUGACAUCCUCUAUAUUGCCAACUUAGGUGAUAGUAAGGCUGUGCUCUGUCGGUACAACAAAGAGAGUGAUAAGAAUAUGGGAAUAUCGCUAUCAAAGGAACAUUCACCUACACUGUAUGAAGAGAGACAGCGAAUACAGAAAGCUGGAGGAACAGUGAGAGAUGGUAGGGUGAUGGGAGUUCUUGAAGUUUCCAGGUCAAUAGGUGAUGGUAGAUUUAAACAUUGCGGUGUUUCAUGCAUUCCUGAAAUUAAACGAUGUCAGUUAACAGAAAAUGACAGGUAUAUUGUCAUAGCUUGUGAUGGGCUGUGGAGGUCAUUCAACUCUGAAGAGGCAUUGCAAUACAUAGAUACAAUAUUACAGGGUGAGUCACAUGAGAGAACUGAACUGAAGACAGUAGAAGACUCCAAGUAUGAGAUGGCAUGCAACAAGAUUGCUAAUGAAGCUGUCAGAAGAGGAAGUGCUGAUAAUAUCACUGUUGUCAUAAUUAGAAUUGGUUAAUUUAGUAAUUGAUAAUUUAAUUUUUCGACAUUCAAAUAAAAAU